UAACGAUGGUAAACAGAUUUGAUCGAGAUUUGUAUGUAGUUUAGAAAAGAGAGAAAAUCACUCAAAUUUCAGAUGUUUCUUCAGAAAUGAAGAUUAAUAUGUCCUAGUUCAUAGCUCCUGCUGGACAGCAGGGGAUGGGAGUUGGUAGGGACCAUCAAGACAACAGUCUGAAGUGCGUACCACACAACCAGAUGAGUGUGUCACCUUUAACAGGUGUGGAUGCCAUCCACCUUGCCACAGUUCUGGAAGACUGUGUGGAUCAGUUGUCUACCCUUGGACACAUUAUGCCAGCUUCAUUUGAAUUUAGACCAGAUGCUUUGGAAGUUGUUCGUGGUGAACUAUCCCAGUUGGUUGACAGCCAGAUGCAGUUAGAAACAAAAUACCAGUCAGUAUUAAUUAAAAAGAUUGAAAUGCUGGGGUUGACUAAAAAUCCUGUUCACCUUUUAGAUGUUGAGAAAGACGUUUUAAAUGCUGGCAGAGACUUGAAAAACUCAACACAUGUUUUUGGACGCACUUUGAAGCAGAACCCUCUAACCGCUGAUAACCUGCUUAAAAUUCAAAAGGACAGAACAUAUGUGGAAAAUAUAAUGACUGGCACCAUGACAGAAUUAGUGCAGAAAUGUAACUUUCAAACUUUAGUGGAUGCUGUUCUGGCAGAAAAAGAAAGAAAAGCUUCUCUUCAGAGUACCAUUCAAAAAGAACAAGAAGGAAGAAAAAAAUUAGGCAUACUUACUGAUGAGCUAGUGGUUGUCAGACAGGAGAAAGAAACUGCAGUUCAACAAAGGAAAGAAAUGAUUUCACACUUGAAAGAUCAACUUCAGGAGAUGAAAGCUAAAACCAAUAUGGAGGGAAAGUAUAUUAAAAAAUGUGCUGAUGUAUCAGUAGCCCAAUCACAGAAAAAAGUUUUUCUAACUGAAAAAGAAAUGAAAGAAAAAAUUGAAGGCCUUCACAACAAAACAGAUGAAGAAAACAGAGCCCAUAAAGAGAUAGUAAAAUUUUUACAAGAACACCAAGCGGACUUAGAGAAAAAAUUAGAUUUCUGGAUGGAGAAAUAUGAAGUGGACAAAGAGGCAAAGCAAAAAGAACUGGACACAUUGAAGCAGACCAAAGCUAAAGAUUUAGAAAAAUUACAAGAGCUUACUAAAUUGUAUAAAGAAUACGAGCAAAUAGUGGUUGAGGACAGAAUAGAGAAAGAGAAAGCCAGAAGAAAAACAGAACAAGAAGCCAUCGAGCUAAAGUCUGCUAUCAAGAUGCAGGCCUGGUGGAGGGGAGUUAUGGUGCGCAAAGGAUUUGGACCUUUUGGGAAAAAGAAAAAGAAAGGCAAAAAGGGCAAAAAGGGCAAGAAAGGAGGAAAGAAAGGCAAAAAGAAGAAGUAACUAGAAGAGAUUGUCCCCUUUGGUUCAUGCAUCACCUUGUAAAUGUUGUUCCAGUCAUUGUAGCAUGACUAAAUGAUUGUUUCAAAUGUUGAUGUUUCUACAUCAUUAUGCUCUGUGAUGAAAAUAUUUUAUUUUAUAAUGUAUUUUUUCUGAUGUUAAAAUGUAUUGUUUUGAUACCAAAAUGUAUUGUUCUGAUAUUGUAAUAUGAUGUUCUGAUGUUAUAAUGUAUUGUUCUGAUGUUGCAAUGUAUUGUUCUGAUGUUACAAUGUAUUGUUCUAAUGUAAUAUUGCUAUUCCCAAAAAAAAAUGGUACAAUUUAUUUGUAAAUGUUUUUGUUAUAGUAUAACACCCAUAUGGUUAUUUGGAAAUGUUUAUGCAUAAUUUAUUAUACAACUUCUAGCUUAAAAACAUUUAAAACAAAUUGUUAAAAUUAAUUCAUAUCUUGGAAAAUUCUUAGGGCUUUUAAUAUUUGCUGUGAUAAAAUAUUUUCUCUCUCUCUUUUUUUUUAAUUGUAAUUUGAAAAUGUCUACUUUUAUAAGGAACUUUUCUCUGUUUAGUCAACUAAUCUUGAAUAGGGUUAAUCACUUGUUUGUGUUGUAAAACUUUAUUUCAAAUAAAAACAUUCCUCAAAACUUU